GGGAAAUGGAUGCUCUGCUGGUCCGCGGGCGCCGGGGGCGGGGAAAGCACUCGCUCUGCUCGGCGCUGGCCCCGCCCGCGACCCGGCGGGAGCCCGGGGCCGCCCCUUUCCUCCCUCACGGGCGCUGGGCUGAGUCCCGAGUCGAGAAACCUCACAGGCUCUGAGCUCCCUGACUGGGUUUUGGGUGGCUGCAGCCUGAGGAGGAACAUGGCGCUCGUAGGCAACGGAGCAGAGCUGGAGGCGGACGAGGACAUCUUUGAAGAUGCAUUGGAAACCAUCUCUAUGUUUUCUCGCACAGAUAUGGCAGCAAGCAGCCAACCCUUUGCAUCACUUGACACAAAACAGUCCACUGGACGGCACGGAUCAUCUAACGUGAACAGGUCAACAUCAGUGAAGGUGGAUCUCAAGUGUGGCCUAGAAGAAUGUUCAGUGGCACUGAACUUAUUUCUGAGUAACAAAUUCACGGAUGCCUUAGAGUUGCUUCGACCAUGGGCUAAGGAGAGUAUGUACCAUGCCUUGGGCUACAGUACUAUUGUGGUGUUGCAGGCCGUCCUGACCUUCGAGCAACAGGACAUCCAAAAUGGCAUUUCUGCCAUGAAGGAUGCAUUACAGACCUGCCAAAAAUACAGGAAAAAAUGCACAGUUGUGGAAUCGUUCUCAAGUCUUCUUUCUAGGGGCUCAUUGGAGCAGCUGACUGAAGAGGAAAUGCAUGCCGAAAUCUGUUAUGCCGAGUGUCUCCUACAGAAAGCAGCACUCACGUUUGUGCAGGAUGAAAAUAUGAUCAACUUCAUCAAAGGUGGACUCAAAAUUAGGACAAGUUACCAAAUAUAUAAGGAAUGUCUUUCUAUCCUGCAUGUAAUUCAGAAGAACAAAGUUGAGCAGCAGUUCUUCUAUGAGUUUGAAGGGGGUGUCAAGCUUGGAAUAGGUGCCUUUAAUUUGAUGCUCUCCCUUUUACCAGCACGGAUUAUCAGACUACUAGAAUUUAUAGGAUUUUCUGGAAACAGGGAGUUGGGGCUCCUGCAGUUACAGGAAGGCGCGUCAGGAAGAAGCAUGCGGUCCCCACUGUGCUGCUUAACUAUUCUAGCUUUCCACACUUAUAUCUCCCUGAUACUUGGUACAGGAGAAGUGAAUGUUCUGGAAGCAGAGAGUCUCCUUGCACCCUUCCUCCAGCAGUUUCCAAAUGGCUCCCUCAUGUUGUUUUAUCAUGCCCGGAUAGAGCUGCUGAAGGGAAAUGUGGAAGAGGCACAAGAGAUACUUCGAAAAUGCAUUUCAGUUCAAGAAGAAUGGAAACAGUUUCACCAUCUCUGUUACUGGGAGCUGAUGUGGAUUUAUGUGUUUCAACAAAACUGGAUGGAGGCAUAUUACUAUUCCGAUCUGCUUUGCAAAGAAAGUAAAUGGUCCAAGGCAACAUAUGUAUUCUUGAAAGCUGCAAUUUUGAGUAUGCUUCCAGAGGAGGAUGUCGUAGCAACUAAAGAGGAUAUAGUAAUCUUAUUCAGACAGGUGGAGAGCCUGAAGCAGAGAAUUGCGGGGAAAUCCAUCCCCACCGAGAAGUUUGCUGUGAGGAAGUCUCGACGUUACUCCUCUUCGUUGCCUGCACCUGUGAAGCUCGUCUUGCCCGCCCUGGAAAUGAUGUAUGUCUGGAAUGGUUUUCCAAUAGUGAGCAAGAGAAAAGACCUUUCUGAAAAUCUGUUGGUAACUGUUGAAAAGGCGGAGGCUGCUUUACAAAAUGAAAGUUUGAGCGACUACUCUGUGGACGACGAGUGCCUGGUGAAGCUGCUGAAAGGGUGCUGCCUGAAGAACUUGCAGCGGCCCUUGCAGGCGGAGCUGUGCUUCAACCACGUCAUCCAAAGUGAAAAGCUACUGAAGUAUGACCACUACCUAGUGCCAUUUACUCUGUUUGAGUUGGCCUUUUUGUACAAAAGCCAAGGGGAAAUUGACAAGGCCAUAAAGACCCUAGAAACUGCAAGAAACAACUACAAAGAUUACUCCAUGGAGUCCAGACUACACUUUCGAAUUCAGGCAGCUCUUCACCUGUGGAAAAAAACUUCCUCAGAUUGAUCAGAACACGAAGGAUGGAAUUUUCCCUCAGCACCGGCAUCUGCUGUAGAUCAGGCCUUUCAUUAAAGUGGAAAAGUGAUCUUGCGAAUGAGAGACAAAAAACUAAUUUUAUUGUCAAUAUUUUCUAUCAUCUCUGUGGUUUACUGUUGACCUGUGUCUGUGUGGUUUUUUUUUCCUAUGAAACGAUGUUCAAUAUCGAGUACUGUCUAGAAAAUUCUUACAUUUUGCCUCUCCGAAAAGAAUUUCAUAUUAGAUUUGAAUUGGAGAGUGAAGAAGUCUUUUAAAGGACUCACAAAAUAAUGAAGUCUAAUUAGAUUAUUUAUUUUUUUAAUGUGGUAAUUAAUGUUUAAGUAGCAAAUGGCUUAUAAGUUGAGCCAUUUUUAGGUUUGUUGGUCAGAGAUAUUUUGUUGCCUAGUAUUUAAAUGUAAGAGGGGAAAUAAAAAUCACCUACAUUCAAAAAAGAUUAACAAUAACCUGAAGUGUCCUGAAUAAGACAAGCAGUGGGUGUGAAUAGGGACGGGAUAAUGUCCUUAAUAGGAUGAAGGGAACUAUAUCUAGAAAAGAUGGUGACAUAUUAGGUUUUGUUUUGUUUUGUUUUUUAUUCUUCAUGUAUGUUAAAGGUAGUGACAUUUUUGAGAGACUACCCUUUUUUUUUUGAAUGUACUUAAGUCUGUUAUAAUAACGAAAUUCAAAAAACUAAAGGGAAGAAAAGUCAUAUUUUAGAAAUUAUCCUCAACCUUAGCAAUGAGAGUCUACAAUACAUAUGUUGGUUAUUUUUGUCUAUAUAGGAAGUAAAUUUCCUGCUGCUUUAAACGAUAUGUAAAACAUCAAUAAUUUUUAUACUCGUGAUGUUGGUGAGUGAGAUCUAAUUUUCUAAUCUCCCUAGCACUGUGAUGGUUCCUUGUAAAUAUCCGGACUGUGCUUCGUCCUUGAACUAGGAAACACAAUCAGGACAGGAUGCAGCGGAGAGCCUGGCUCUGCUACUGAUUAGCAGUCAUUGGGGUGACCUUUAGGGAGCCCCCUGCUCUCUGUAUCAGUGUAUUUUCCUCAUCUGUGAAAUGGAAAAAGAACAGAUGUCUUUCUAGGUCUCUUUCAGUUUUAUAACGGUCAGUCUGUGUAUUAGGUAUUUUCAGCAAACGAUGUCAAACUGUUCAGCCCAAACGAUUUCCACAAAGUGUGUGUCUUAUUUUGCAGUCAUCACUGUCUGCCCCCACUUCCGCCAUUUGUAUGUACUGGGGCUAAUGACAAGGUGGCAUCCAGGGCGAGGAAAGACAAUUCAUGGAUCCAUAGAUUGGGGUUUUGUCCUAUUUCUAUUCUGUGUUGAAGAAUAACUUACAUGGAAGCUGGAAGCCUCUGCAGUUUAACAGAAACAGCCCCAGACUGGGAGUCAGGAGCCCGUCUCUGUUAGUCCGUUGUUCCUUGACAUGGAUCAAGUCUCAUCCUUUCUGGGACUCAGUCUCCCCAGUGGGGAUAGCAGCGCAGUGCUUGGUGCUUGUGACGGCUUGAUUAGAUAAUGCAUAUGAUGGCUUUUUGUAAACUGUGAGAGGCUAUGGGUUGCUGUAAUAAUUCUGAUUUUUAUGCACUGAUUACAAUAUCAACACAAAAGUAUUGGCUGAGUUUGUGGUCUCUGAUGUAAAAUGAAAGAAAUGUGUGAAAUUCAGACACCUUUAAAUUUAUUCAUGUAUCUGGCAUAACCCAGAUUAUGAACUUGCUCAUUACUUUGUUUCCUGCUACGUAAUUCUGUACCUAGCAGGUAUUUGGUCUUGUUUUCUUAUAAGGUACUAAUUCUUGACCAAUGCUGAGGCUAUCUUUCUGAUGGAAAAUGAUUAAUAUAACUUGAGUCAGAGUACUAGCCCUUCAGAUAGCAUGUUGGUAGCUAUCAUGUGUUAUUAAUAUGAAUUACAUAGCUUUACUUGAGGUCCAGGCAAGAGGAAAUGGAAUGAACUGCUAUUACAACGUCAGCAGUGGAAAAUAUGUUUAAUAAUUAUUUUGUAUAUAACUUGAGGAGUAGUUUAUAAAUCCCUUUGAAGAGCUUUGGUAGCAUUAUUUUUUUAAAGUAUAAACUCCCAUAUUAUAUUGUUUUUGUGAGAAGCUGCAGGUCACAGCCAAUGUCAGUGAAGACUUCUCUUUCUGGUGUAAUAUAAAAAAAUAUAAGUUAAUAUUGGUUAUUUUUAUUUUAUUUUAAUUCUUCACUGCCAAACAACUGUAAAAGAAAUUCCUAGCUCCCGUUAAAAUUUUUUCCCUUAUUUUUUUUCUUAUUUUGUUUUUAUUUUUCCUUCCUAUUCUUUUUAUGGUUAUCUGGUCAUGUGGAUAGUGUAUCCAAUGAAUGUUUAAGUGUUGUACUAUCAUUAAUGCUACAAAUAUUUACCUGUUUCCUGUCCUGUUUAAGAUGCCAUGGUGGCAUCAGUUUCAUGUUACAUCAGCUAAUACUGCAUUUUUGGAGUUAUUUUGGAUUCAGGGUGCUUUGUGAAGAAUGAGUGCUGAAGUGACAAUAUUUUAUCUAAUGUUUUGAGGGGCAUAUGUGAUGGGUUUGGGCUGCCAAUGUGUCUGACAGUUUGUGCAAUUUGUGUAGUUUUUGGUAUAAUUUUCUUUCUUUCUUCCUUUUCUCUAAAUGGAGAGCCAGGGUUCUGAUUAGUGCUGUAUACAUUUAAGACUCAAGUAGAGGUUAUGCUUUGUAGGAUUGGUGACAAGGAAGGCGUGAUUUCCGCUUGAUGAUUAAUGGAAGAUUAACUUCAUCAACUCUUACAUGGACAUGUAUUUUAAUGUGUCUGUGCUUCUUGUGGAUACAGGGUCUCAAGGUACAUAGGAAAAGGAAGGUCAUUGAUUCUGUUUCUUCUACACGUGGGGUAGAAACUGUAGGGAGGUGAAUUUCCAAAUAAUCAGCACCGAGGAAGAUUUUUAAUCGUUGAAGCAAUCUGUCGCUAUAACUAUCUCUUUUGCAAAGGAGGAAGUUUAGCAGAGCUAUGUGUCAUUCCUACUUGGCCUGGAAACUUAUAGUUGAACUUAGAGGUCACUCUAAUGAGUCUUUGAUGAGAGCUUCAAAUCAGUGCGAUGUGUAUAUAAAGAAGGCGGCUUCCCCCCUUUUGAAGACUAAUGGGUCUUUCUUCUCUUGAAGCUACUUGUAGAUGUAGUUACAUUGUGGUAGGGACUAAUGGUCCCUACAGUCAUCAUGAUUCUACUUCUCAUCCUUCCUUUUAAAGUAGGUCUCCUAAUGUUUUCCAAUAAUGGUUUUUCUUCCUUUGGACACACUGAAAAUAAUAAUUACAAAAAGGUCUUCGUGACUAACUUGAAAGAUUUCUGGAGUUACUCUGAUUAAUUCUUUAUUGAUUUCCAUUUUUACAUAUGUGUUUUUUCUCUUAGUUAUUCUCUCCAUAUUUACAAAUCAUAAAUUCAAAUGCAUUUAGUUAAAAUGGGUUAAGGAGGAUGCCAGCGAUCGUUUAGAUGCCCUAAGAUAUUAUAAUUCAUAGGGCCUGGGAUGAAUCUUGGGAAAUUAUCUCCUCCCCUCACUCAACUUCUGGAUAGUGGUGUUUCUCCUUCAGUCCUGCUCUGUCUGGCAUAGUAACCACUGGUCACGUGGGACUAUUGAGCACUCAAAACAUGGCUAGUGGCUUGUGUUGGAAUGAUGCUGAGUGUUGGGGAGUGCUCCUCUAUACAUGCUGAGGUUCUGUUUAAAGUAAAGGCCUCCCAAGGGCAUGCUUCCUGGAGUUCUGGCUUUCCCUUGCUGUCUACUGUGAUCACCCAAUCACUACAGUUACAUUUUUAGUUCUGGCUCAAAUAUAUGUAUAUAUAUAUAUCUGUGGGGUUUGCUUUUUCUGUUCAAGUGCCCAUAAACUUUCAUCUCAUCAUUGAUCAGGGUCAUCUUUGAUCCUUCUCCACGCUUUCAGAGCUCUGUAAAUACUGCAUCGAGACCAUAUUUUUAACAUUGUUCUUUUAAUCCGAUUUUAUAGACAUUCCUUCCUUUUUCAGAUGCAGUAGCACAAGCCAUUCGAGUUGUGCUUACCUUUGCGAUGUUAGUAGAUUUUAUGAUUAAAAUAACAUUUUCUAAGGUUAACAUUAUUUUAAAAAAUGUGGUGGCCUUUUCAAUCCCUGUAUAUUAUUAAUGUUUCAACAUUGACUCAGCUAUGCUAAUAUGACCAUUUAAGGAAUAUUAGGCACUAGUUACUCACUUAGAGAAUAAUUUGGCAGAUAGUUUAUUUAAAGUUAUAUAUUUUAUGGGGCGCCUGGGUGGCUCAGUCGGUUAAGCAGCCGACUUCAGCUCAGGUCAUUAUCUCGCAAGCUGUGGGUUCAAGCCCCGUGUCAGGCUCUGUGCCGACAG